AUGGCCGCCAUGUCGCUGGAGAGAAACAGCAAUGGCCAGCCGCGAUUCCCUGGCUGUGGAAGCAUCCGUGACUUUGAAUUCCUCGGCAAGCUUGGAGAAGGAACCUUUGGUGAGGUUUACAAGGCACGAGCCAAGAAGGACAAUUCGCUCGUCGCGCUCAAGAAGAUCCUCAUGCACCAUGAGAAGGAAGGCUUUCCCAUCACUGCGAUUCGAGAGAUCAAGCUUUUGAAAGCUCUCUCACACAGGAAUAUCCUGCAACUCAAUGAAAUGGCGGUUGAACGGAGCAAGGGCGAGGGUCGGAAAAAGCCUAGCAUGUACAUGGUCAUGCCGUACAUGGAACACGACCUUUCUGGACUUCUGGAGAACCCGGCUGUUCAGUUUACGGAGCCCCAGAUCAAAUGCUACCUGAUGCAGCUGCUUGAGGGUCUACGAUAUCUGCACGCGAACAACAUCUUACACAGAGAUAUGAAAGCUGCCAACCUACUCAUUAGCAACGGGGGUAUACUCCAAAUAGCCGAUUUUGGAUUAGCUCGACCCUAUGACGAGCCCCCUCCGCAACCUGGAAAGGGCGGUGGGGAGGCGAAGAGAGAAUACACCGCGCUCGUCGUCACAAGAUGGUACCGACCUCCAGAACUGUUGCUCUCGCUGCGGCGGUACACAACUGCCAUCGACCUGUGGGGAGUUGGUUGUGUUUUCGGCGAGAUGUUCAAAGGAAAGCCCAUCCUCUCCGGAAGUAGCGAUCUCAACCAAGCCCAGCUGAUCUUCAGCAUGGUGGGAACUCCCAACGAUGAAAAUAUGCCCGGGUGGCGCGACCUACCGGGCUGCGAGGGCGUGAAGAAUUUCGGCAACAAACGCGGGAACCUUGCCGAAUCUUUCAAAGAACUCAACCCCGUUGCCAUCUCGCUACUCGGCGAGCUUCUCAAGCUCGACUGGAGAAAGAGAAUCAAUGCCAUCGACGCCCUAAAACACCCUUACUUUACUACCCCCCCCUCUACCCCUACACCCCGGCGAGAUCCCCACAUUUGCGGACUCGCACGAACUCGAUCGGAAGAAGUUCCGAGAACAACGCGCCCCAGGCCCUCCAGCACCACCCGUCGGCUCUGCCGACCCUUCUUCAAACGGAGGCUGGGCCAGCUCUGGCUCCCGAUCGAAUUCACAGAACCCCCGGAUCCCGGGUGCGGCCCGAGAGAACGAACGGACUCCCACCGCGCCCUCCCACGUCCUCAAAUCGGCCCUACGAAGGCGGGCGCGACGACCAGCGGCGUGACCGUGACCGUGACCGUGACCGAUUCAACAGCCAAGGGCAAGGAGAUCGUUCCGGCGCGAGAUACCCAACCAGUAAUCUCGAUUCAUAUGUACCGAGCUAUGGCAACCCCGCAGAUCGUCCGCGAGAUGCACCCGAAUAUGCAAACAACCGCCGUGAUUAUCGCCGGGAGCCGCCGCGGAGGAGAAGUCGGAGUCCCAAUUUUCGGGACUCGAGUCGGUGAGUGA